CUCAUCUCAAAACUCAAAUCAAAAAACCAGUUUAUUUACCGACCACAUCCGCAUCGCGCGCGGUCGCAGUGGAUAAGAACAUAUUUUUAAUUCGGGUUUUCUACGUAGAUAAAAAUUCGUUUAUUUUGUUGUGGUUAAAAGUGACGGACGCGUUUAAAAUUAAAUCAAACAAGUGAAAACAUCCUUUCGUAAAACUUUUGAAGGCAUACAAUAUAGCCUGUGAUCUAGGUGUGUCGUAGUUCGAAAUUUAAAUUGUGUGUGAACUUUGUGCAUUAAGGUGAAAAAAACACAGGUUUCAUAAUAAAAUCGUCGUAAAAAUAUUAAAAAGUUCGAAGUUUAUGUUGAUCGUCAAUAAAAUCGAUUAUUUCUUGCAUAGUUGAGUGAUCACCGUGUGACUUAGCGACGAGAUAGGCAGACAAACGAUGCCCAGGAUGCUGCACCAACCUCACCGAACAUCAUCAAAUCGAUCCUGAUGUUAUGUAGCGCAUUCCUAGUGUUUGGCUGAGUCAUGCAGCCAUGGCCAGCGGGAAGAUUCUGUAUUCCAUAGCAGUGGUGGUUCUUGGCUUCAUCUGUUUUGUUGUUGGAGCUGUUGCAGUCGGAUUGCCAACUUGGGGAGAGUUUAUUAGUUAUGAUUCUGAUCGACAGUACAGCGGCCAACCGUUUUAUCUGGACAAUAACUACGAUCACGGCUACUUCGGACCAUGGCGGGUUUGCAAGAAGCUGCUCUACAACAGAGAAAAAUGUGGCUCGGAUGUAUCCAAGUUCCGUCCGCUGACGGCGGUGUACUUCGCGGGCGUGGUGGGCGCCAUCGGUGUGACGGUGCUGGGCGUGUUCUGCCUACUGUCGGUCCUGCAGUUAGCCAUGAUCUCAUCAAAGGAGCGUGUCGCCAUGAAGUACACACACCUCGUCAUGAUGAAGCUCGCGCUGGCGUUGCUAGCCACGUUACUGUCGAUCGCCGCAGCAGGGCUGUUUGCGGUGCAAGGCGAUGACAGAGGCUUCCGCGUGACGAGAGGAGAGGCCUUUUAUGUCCAGAUCGUGUGCAUCGUGCUGAACUCCGUGUUGUUCAUCACGUCGCUGUACGACACGCUGUUCUCGCGGCGCGCGGGCGGAGACCCCACGGCGCCGCUCGCGCCCGACACCACCAUCAACAACCCCGGCUUCAAGGAGGGGAAAGGCAUAUCAAUGACGGACGCGUCAGGGAAGCCGUACAGCACCAACGGUCAUGGUAGUGUCGCGUCCAUGAACACCACAGCGACGACGCUCACGGGCCUGUCAGACGCCAGUACCAUCACGCGGUCGCCCCUCCGCUCGUCCCUGAAGAAACCCCGGCCCCGGGAAGAACAGCCCGGCCUCGGGAUACAAAAUCCGGGAUACUCGGGACACUCACCGCCGCUCAACAGGAACGGGAGUCAGAAGAAAGUGAGGAUACAAACGCACAGCACCGAGGUAUGAUUGUAGUACGUUUUCCGUACUCUGUGGCAUAAAAUUUGGUAAAUGGUAAUUUUCGAUGUUUAAUGAUGGAGAUAUGAACUCUAUACGAUAUUUUUCGAAUCUCGAUCGAUUAAUGAAUUUGUUGAUAUUAAAGAAAACUAAAUAUUACUUACUGAUUAUGUUCAAAUACUAUACACUGUGUAUAAAUAAUGAUGUGACCUCUUAGAAUGUCCCAAAAAACGCGACUCGUAAGUCGAUGUCGCUUAAUUUGACGUUUGUGAUUGGUCGAGAGACCAGGCCGUCGUCAGUCACGUGUUAGUCUCUCAACCAAUUACAAUAACACGACACGGAGUCGUAUCGGUUUUUUUUCCACAUUCUAAGCACUAAUCUGCUAUUAAAAUGGCGUUGACAGUAAAUAAAAUCAACAAGGUGAAUUUUUUGCAAAUACUUUUAAAGAUAUAUUUGCAUUAUGAAUCUCGAACACAAACGAUUCGCGCAAAUCAUUUUUUUUUGGUAAAAUAAAUGUCAUUAUAAUUAAUGAAUGCUGAAGAAAAAUAAGUCUGAACAUAGUUGAUCUCUAAAUACUUCAGCAUUUGUGUCAAUAAAAAUCAAAAUGGUUAAAUUCAUUCUGCCAAAAUUUGUUUGACUAGUUCAAGUGAUCAUAGAAAUGCAUGAAAUUAUUUCUUAUUACAACAUAAUAUGUUAUCAUAGUUAAAAUUUUAUUAAUAUUCAAUUAAAAUGUAUUUACAAUUUUUUGAUUUUUAUUAACACAUUUUAUUACGAGACAAAAUAUUUAAUAAUUUUGCCUUUUCGAUUAAGUAUGCACAAUUUAUUCUUCAAUGUUAGAUGUGAACAGGGUCGUAGCUAGGGACAUUAGUUGGGCACUUUUAUGAAUGAACUAACUAUAAUUAAGUAGGGAUUAUUAUACCACUUAUUGUCCGUCAACUAUUGAGCUACCGGCAGCCCUUUGAGAGCAAACUUAAUGGGCAUGAAAUAAAGUCUAUUUUUGUUCAUUAUUUUUUUUAAAACCCGAUAAUACAUAGAUAUAAGUUUGUAGCUUACCCAACACUGCCCCUAGCUACUAUGUUGUUGGAGAGUUGUAGUAAAAAUUAUUUAAAUAUCACUGUAGAUAAAAGCUACAUUUGUCACUUAUAUAAAUAGUCGUUCAAUAUUACCUAAUUACUUUAUGUAAGCUAUAUUUACGUUUUUAUAACAUAUUAUGUAUAUUUGCUUGAACAAAGUUCUCAGUUGAUAUGUUUUUAAUGUAUAAACUACACUUAUGUAUAUAGUUGAGCACAAAGUGUUGUAAAAAUCAAUAUAAAUAUUUUUUAUUAUCAUACCACAUUUUAGCGUCAAGAGUAAUAAUUACAUUAGAUUUUUAGCAGCAAUUGAGUAAAAUAUAACUUGUAAGGCACAUGAAACAGCCCUACUGUUUACUAAAUGUUUUAUAACAGUAUUUAUUGAUGAAUAAAAUCACCUUUUGGUCUAUACAAUUCCGUGGAAAAUGUAUUGCUUAAAUGCUGCUAAUAAUUUAUCACAUCAGCCUUAUAAUCAAAUUGCAAUAUAGUCGUAAGUAACAAUUUAAUCUUAAGAUAGUUUUGUACAUAUUUAUAUAAUAAAUAAAAAACCCACCAGGCUUUAUAAAAGACAUCACAUGUAGCUGAAAAAUGAAAUAUAAAACUUUCUGCUCUUUCACAUUCUGUGACCUGCUGGUAAUGAAUUAACCAGACUCGAAUAUAGUUUACAUAUUGAAAAUAUUUAUUUAUUAUAAAUGUAUUAUUGUUGGUGUAUAUGUACAGAAUACUGUAUUAAGAAUUGUUUAAGGUCCAAUUCACCUUUGAAUUUAGAUAAUUUUAAAGUACGAGAAUUAUUUUUUUGCUAAAUUAUAUGAGUGUAAAAGUAUACCAUUAUGUGGAACAUGCAGAGUCUAACUUUGGGUCAUAACCUCAAUAACUUUCCUUCAAGAUUCGUGCCUGGAAUCAAUUAUUGUCAUUGUGCCUUAUCCAAAUUUUCUCAAUAUUUAGUUUGACAUUACUGACAGAAUAUUUUCAGUUUAUAGAAAAAUCAAUUGUGCCUUACCAUUGUCCAACACUAUUCUACUUUCAUCAAAUUUAAAUUAUUUAUGUUUAGUUUGUGUAAGUAAUAAAAAUAUGACAUCCGUCCAAAUUCUGGUCUUUAUUGUUUGAGUUAACCUUAUUUGUAGUAUUGUCAUAAUGUAUGGAACUAGAUUGUUUUAUUAUUUGUUAAUUUUGUAUAGUUACUAUGGAUUAAAUGUAUUUUUAUUUACAAAUCUUAUGUAUUAGAUUAUAUAAUAUUUCCACUCUCAUUUAGAUACUCGAGCUCUUUGUAUACAUAAUUUAUCUCUGUAGUAAAGAAUACAAAGAAAAUAUGUAUAGUUAAGCAAUUAUAGUUAUCAAAUGGAAGAAUACAUGAAUUUAUUAAAAUAAAAUUAUUUACAAUGAAAAUGUCGAUGUAUACAUGCGCCGGAUAAUAAUACCAUAUAAAUUCUAAAGACUCCUAUUCUGUAUGUGUGUCUAAAAUAUGUGAAAGCAAUGUACAACUUUUGAAACAAAUAUAGGAACAUUUUAGUUGAUUUGUGAAUAUUUGACAAAAUAUUUGUGUUAACUAUUGUAACACUAUGUUAAAAUCGGCUUGACUGAAAUUCGUUUUGAGAAAAAAAUAUGUUUUAAUGUAAGAAUACUUUAUGGAUUCAAAUUGAUUUAUGUCCAUAGGUAAUUUUGGAGUAAAAUUACACCUACAUUCUUAUGUUUUGUUUUAAUAUUAUAAAUGAAAUGUCCAACAGUCAAAUGCAUAGUUCUAACAAGAUUUAAACCUUAUCUUGUGUUUAAAAUACAGUAAAAUGAGGCAGUAAAUUAUUAAAGUUAUAAAUAUAUAUAAACAAUAUCAUGUAAUUUUCGUAAUUUUCGUCGGUUCAACCUGUGGAUGUAUGCGCACUUGGAAUCUCAGACCGCAGUUUUGUGGCUGCGUUGAGUAGGAAAUUUUUAUUGAUGGUUUUAAGAAUUAAAAUACAAUCUAUAUUCACUAUUCUUAAUGACUGAUUCCAUGUUGCAAUAAGUCAAAUAGAACAUUCUCGUAAUGAAUAAAAUAUCGGUAAUAUUGAUUGUAAGUGUUGUCAGUGCUCUAUGGUCCUACAUUUAUUAAACGGUAAACACCUAUAAUUUAUUAGGUUCCCAAUAUAAAUAAUCAUCAGACAUAAUUAAGACUAAUACAUUCCAUUUUAUGUUCAUCUGACAUGUUAUCUGAUAUGGUGUUUCGAGAUAUUACAACAUAAUAACCUACCUACUGUUAUAUAAUUUUGUAUGUAUAUUAUAAUAAAUUUAUUCCGUCCGAGUUGUUAUCAGAUAAUCUGAUGUUUUGGUUUAUAAUUUUAAGUUUUGCUGAAUAAAGAAUAUUACUUCUUUGGA